AUGGCAUCCCCAAAUACCCCCAGCGACCUCCGCCGUCCCCACCGGUUCAUCACAGACCACGCCCCAGACGGCAAAGCAAUCUUCAACGCCACCCUCGACUCCGAAGUCCCACAACAGACCAUCGAAAACGGCGCCAAAUUCUACCUGGGCUACACGACGGAACAGACCCCUGUCCCCCUCACGGGCAAUGUGGACGUGGCAGCCUACGCAGAGCGCCUGUCGAACCCGCCGGGCAUCGUGGUACCGGGCGGCAGCGUGUUGCGCAUCGUCGACAUGCCGCCGGGGUCCCUGAGCCCCAUGCACCGCACCGUCAGCCUCGACUACGGCGUCGUGCUCGAGGGCGAGAUCGACCUGGUCCUGGACUCGGGCGAAACGAGGCGGAUGCGGAGGGGGGACGUGAGUGUGCAGAGGGGCACCAUGCACGCGUGGAAGAAUGUGAGUGAGACGCAGUGGGGGAGGAUGCUGUACGUCCUGCAGGAGAGCGAGCCGGUCGAGGUUGCGGGGCAGGUGUUGAAGGAGGAUUAUGGGGUUGGUAUGGGGGAUGUGAAGCCUUCUUCCAAGUGA